UUUUGUUUUUUAACUCGGCAUGGUAAUUUGGUCAGCUGUUAAUGUUUUUAUUAAUCGUCAGUAAAAAUGAUAUAACAAAAUAGCAACAAAAAAUCGUAUUUGUUUGAAUGGACCAUGUUGUCCACAGCAAGACCUCACCUAUUCCUACGGAAAAUAUUGGCUAUUACAAAUUCUUCACGAAGUUCAAAUAUAUCGACUAGUGCGACGAGGUUUGCAAAUCACUAUGCCGUCUUGGGCAUAUCGAAAAAUUCCACUCAAGGAGAGAUUAAGGCAGCAUACUACAGACUUUCAAUGCUCUACCAUCCAGAUAAAAAUCAAGGGAGUGAGACAGCCGCAUUAAAAUUUAGAGAAAUCACCCAGGCUUACGAAGUUUUAGGCAACUUUAGAUUACGUAGAUUAUACGACAAGGGUAUCAUACACACUGCUGGCUCAGAAUACGCAGAAAAGGCCCAAGAAGCUGCAUCCCAAGAGGAAGUCGAAGAAGACCCAUCAACAAAAUUCUACAAGUCGCGGUUUAAAAAAUCAACUGUUGCUGAUAGUGAAGGUCGUUCACCCAUAUAUGAUUUUGAUGAAUGGUCACGGCAACAUUAUGGAACUUCUUUCCAACGUCGCCAGACGGCAAAACAAAAGUAUGACCGAAGUAAGGCACAAGAAAAAGAAUCCGCACUAAUUCUGCAAAACGAAAUACUUUUAUUUGCUAUUAUGGUUCUAUCCGCAUUAGGUUAUCUGAAAUUCUAUUCAGAAAGUUCGUAUGAUACACCCAAGGAAAAGGCUAUUCGGUUAGCCGAGGAAAAAUUAAAAAAUGAAUCAGAAAAGGAUAUUACAAGAUAGUUCUACUCGAAGUUUAGCCAAUUGUAGGUACAAUUACUUAAGAUUAAAUGUGAAAAUGUGAUUGAAAUAAAAAUUAAAUUGUUAAAUGA